AUGGCUCAGGUUCAUGAAAUUCAUCAAAUAUUAGCCCUACGACUUAAGCAAAUUAAACCUUAUGAAGAGCAAUGCACACCAGAUGAUUUUAUUCAACAUGUUAUAAAUGUUUUUGAAUCUGCCGGAAAUGUAAUCACGGCCGUCAAUAAUGCUAAUGCAAAUACUUUUGUUGAUGCGAACAAAUGUGAUAUCUUAAAGAGUAUGAUGGGGGAUAAGUUUUCCCCAGUACUAGCAAAUGAUCCUUAUACAGGUAGUAAUCCUGCUAUCAAUACAUCUGCUACAUUUAUUGUUUGGCUAUGUCAUAAAUAUCGAGAAGUGAUGGCUGGAAAUGCAGAAUUAGCUUUACAGUCAUUGAUAUAA